AUGGGUCGCGCGUUUACGAGCAUUCGUGGCGCCAAGCAGACUCGCGGCGGAACCGGCGGAGCUCCGUCAGAAUCAGCUGGAAGCGAGAGGGGAGGGGAAUACGCGUUAGAGGAGAUUCUCUAUGCUGCGUUUACGGCUGAUGGCAGGUUAGUGCAUGCAGAGGCACGGCCCCACCUGGCAGUGGCCACGUCAGCAGGUUUCGAGAUAUUCCGCGGUGCUGACGUGGCGCAGCCCGUCGUGAGCCACGUGGGCGUGGGUCCGAUAAGGAUCGUGUGGCUCACCCUCAUCGCGCCACGUGGCGCAACGUCAUUGGUUGCAUUUGUUGGCACGGGAGACACGGUAUCUCCCCCCUCUCCUCCCCCUUCUUCUCCCGUUUCCACCUCCCCCUUGUUUGAAAAUUCGCACAAGUCCCUCCUCACCUUUUCUCCCGCCCCCCCCCUUCCCCUCUUCACCCGCACCUUUUCUCUAGCAAUCUCUGAAGGCCCCAUCCCCCCUCUCUCCAUCCCCCUCCCUCCGUUCCCAACCCCCUCCAGCCUCACCUGUCCCCUCGAGAGCUGCACCUUGCCUCCAUCGCCCAUCCCACCUUCUCACUCUCCUCUCACACAUAACCUGGACACCCUUACACACACACACGCUCAUCUGCCCUCUCCCUCCAUCUCUCACCCCUCUCUGUGCCCUCUCCCUCCAUCUCUCACCCCUCUCUGUGCCCUCUCCCUCCAUCUCUCACCCCUCUCUGUGCCCUCUCCCUCCAUCUCUCACCCCUCUCUGUGCUCUCUCCCUCCAUCUCUCACCCCUCUCUGUGCUCUCUCCCUCCAUCUCUCACCCCUCUCUGUGCCCACUCCCUCCAUCUCUCACCCCUUUCUUUGCCCUCUCCCUCCAUCUCUCACCCCUCUCUGUGCCCUCUCCCUCCAUCUCUCACCCCUCUUUGUACCCUCUCCCUCCAUCUCUCACCCCUCUCUGUGCCCUCUCCCUCCAUCUCUCACCCCUCUCUGUGCCCUCUCUCUCCAUCUCUCACCCCUCUCUGUGCCCUCUCCGUCCAUCUCUCACCCCUUUCUUUGCCCUCUCCCUCCAUCUCUCACCCCUCUCUGUGCCCUCUCCCUCCAUCUCUCACCCCUUUCUGUGCCCUCUCCCUCCAUCUCUCACCCCUUUCUGUGCCCUCUCCCUCCAUCUCUCACCGCUCUCUGCACUGCACACAGUAGCACAUGUUGCGCUUGCCUGUAUUACAGAAGAGAGGAGGGAGGAGAGAAGGGGCAAGGGAGAGUGCAAGAGGAGCCGCGGGCUGAGAGGAGCGGAGGUCGUGAGGAGAUUAGGAGGGGAGACGCGGUGGGUGAGGAUAAGGAAGAGGAGGGAGACACGGAAGAGGUGUGGAAGGACAGACACACGGAAGAAGAGAAGGUACCGGGGUUGAAAGAAGGGGACGUGAAGGGAGGGGAGGAGAUGGGGAAACAAGAAGGCGGCACCGCUUACGUAGGCAUGAUGGGAUGCAGCAGGCAAGGCAUGGACGUUCCUGAAAAUCUCAACAACAGCGCUGUGCGCCAUGCUGUGCGCCAUGCUGUGCGCCAUGCUGUGCGCCAUGCUGUACGCCAUGCUGUGCGCCAUGCUGUGCGCCAUGCUGUGCGCCAUGCUGUGCGCCAUGCUGUGCGCCAUGCUGUGCGCCAUGCUGUGCGCCAUGCUAUGCGCCAUGCUUUGCGCCAUGCUGUGCGCCAUGCUGUGCGCCAUGCUGUGCGCCAUGCUGUGCGCCAUGCUGUGCGCCAUGCUGUGCGCCAUGCUGUGCGCCAUGCUGUACGCCAUGCUGUGCGCCAUGCUGUGCGCCAUGCUGUGCGCCAUGCCGUGUGCCAUGCUGUGCGAUCUCAUCUCAUGUUCCUGAGAGCGCUGCCUCGAGCUUCAUGUAAGGGGAGGAAGGUGCGGGGUGUGAUGGAAGGAGAAAGGAGGGGUAAGGGGGUCGUGCGCAUGUGUGGAAGAGUUGCCUGGAAGAGUUGCCUGGGACAGGCAGGGAGAGAAGGGGAGUGCAUGGGGGCGAGAGGGUCAAGUGUGUGGUGGGGCGUAGAGGAGGUGCCUGGGCCAGGUGAGGGAAAGAGGGGAGUUGGGAGCGAGUGGGGGAAGAUGAUGGUGCACACAUGCAUGGAGACUGGCAGCGGCAGUGGGGAGAGCAGCGGGGCACAGGCGGUGCGCAGUGGGAGGAGGAGCUGGUGA